CAGGCAUCAGAGGAAGAAGCAACCACAACUAAAGUGAAGCGACUGACACAGUAGCAGAUGGCGGUGUCUCAGAUCACGCCCUCUCUCUUCCUGGGGGGGGCGGAGGCGGCCCUGAACGCACCGCUGCUCUCUCUGAAAGGCGUCACGCUGGUGGUGAACGCCACGCUGAGCCACGCGGGCCCCGCCCUCCAGGGGGUGGAGUUUGUUCGCGUCCCCGUGCCCGACCUGCCCUGCGCGCGCCUCGGUGAUCACUUCGACCGCGUGGCCGACCGUAUCCACAGCAACCGCGCGGGCAGCACGCUCGUGCACUGUGUUGCGGGGAAGAGCCGCUCGCCCGCGCUGGUGAUGGCGUACCUGAUGCGUUACCGCGCGGUGACGCUGCGGCAGGCGCACCGCUGGGUUCAGGAUCAGCGGCCGUGCAUUCGGCUCAACGCCGGCUUCUGGGAGCAGCUGCUGCAGUACGAGCGCCGGCUGUACGGGAAAAACAGCGUCAGGGUGGCGCCAGAAUCCCCUCCGCUCACCCCGAGGCCGCAGACGAACCGCCUGACGUCUCCGGUAACACCGAGUAACAGGAGGAGAAGAGGAGCCAAACCCAGAGUCUGAGAAUCUAAACUAACAGGAGGAGGAGAGGAACCUAACAGUCUGAGAAUUGAAAGCGUUCUUUUUCCAAAGUCCAGGAGUAAGUUCAAAAGGAGACAAGAUGGCGCCUCAGGAAGAUUUAAGAAUAUUUAAUAAAGUAGCGUUGUACUAUAAAGAGUUCCACAGCUGUAGUCUUGAAUCCUACUCAGUCCACAGGCCCCAAAGAGAACAUACCCAGAGGAGUUAGCUGUGAUGGGAAGAAUUAAAGACUACAGCUGUGAAACUCUUUUUAUUACAUGGUUUAGUUGAAUACUCGAUUCUGAUUGGUCAAUUCAGAACACGUGACACGUUGUUAAUCCAGAACAGACAGACCGCUGUCAUGGAUUUAUUGACCGUUGUUAAGGACGCUCACAUCUGCACAAAGAAGUCCGGUCGAUUGAACUGUUUAAAGUUUGCUUUCCUAACUGACAAGACAAGAGCGACAAGAAAACAGCGGAGAAGUAACGGGCAGAAACCCUCCUUUUUACGCAGUGGUCCAGACAUAGACAUCAGACGGCGACACAUAUUCAGUUGCCAGUUACUUUGGCAUUAGGGCAGGGAUAUCUAGAUACUUUCCUAUGUUUUCAAAUCUGUAAUCAAAAAGCUCCGCCUUCCUGCCGUUGCUACGUUUUUCAAAUGGCAACAACGGAUUCUUUUUCUCAGCGGAUGCAUGUCAAUUUAAAUCAAUGCAAACAACUAUUUUUUAAAUCAAUAAAAUCUUUU